UGGUGAAGUCUCCUCACUAAGGCUGUCUUGUCAGCCUUACCAAACUUGGGCUUGGCUGCUGGUAUCGAGCUGCAGGUGACUCCGUUGCGGACAUGCCAGCAAUUCUGCUCUUCUGGAGUCGCAUGGAGAGGAAUAAAGACUCGACCGGAGGCAACGUCGCAGUCAUGGGAAAGGAUUAUUACAAGACCUUGGGGCUCCAGUCUGGAGCCAACGAAGAUGAGAUCAAGAAAGCUUAUCGGAAAAUGGCCCUGAAGUAUCACCCUGAUAAAAACAAAGACCCCAGUGCGGAGGAGAAGUUCAAGGAGAUCGCAGAGGCCUACGAUGUCCUGAGUGAUCCCAAGAAAAGAGCUGUCUACGAUCAGUAUGGGGAAGAAGGGCUCAAAACUGGAGGCGGUUCCUCUGGCGGCUCCGGCAACACUUUCCACUACACCUUCCACGGAGACCCACACGCUACCUUUGCUUCUUUCUUCGGUGGCUCCAAUCCCUUCGACAUCUUCUUUGCCAGCAGUCGCUCCCGGGCGUUCAAUGGGUUCGAUCAGGAAGAUAUGGAUAUCGAUGACGACGAUGACCCUUUCAACGCCUUUGGACGGUUCGGCUUCAACGGCAUCAACGGAGUCCAUCGACGGCACCCGGAGUCUCUCCACACACGAAGGAAGGUCCAGGACCCACCCAUCAUCCACGAGCUCAGGGUCUCCCUGGAAGAAAUCUACCACGGCUCUACCAAAAGGAUGAAAAUCACCCGCCGGCGGCUGAACCCUGACGGGCGAACCACAAGGACCGAGGAUAAGAUAUUGAACAUUGUCAUUAAAAGGGGGUGGAAAGAAGGAACCAAAAUCACCUUUCCCAAAGAAGGAGAUGCCACGCCAGACAACAUCCCUGCCGACAUCGUCUUCAUUCUCAAGGACAAGCCUCACACGCAUUUCAAGCGAGACGGCACAAACGUGGUCUACACGGCUAUGAUCAGUCUUAAAGAGGCCUUGUGCGGCUGUACCGUGAACAUUCCCACUCUCGACGGGAGGGUGAUCCCUCUGCCCUGCAACGACAUCAUCAAGCCUGGCACCGUGAAGAGACUGCGAGGGGAAGGGCUGCCCUUCCCAAAGGUCCCCACCCAACGGGGAGACUUGAUUGUCGAGUUCAAAGUCCGCUUCCCAGACAAAAUAGCUCCGCAGACGAGACAGAUCCUCAAACAGCACCUGCCAUGCUCCUAGAGCCCCUGGGAUGUUCUGCAAGCAGCAAUACUCCUAACACACGUGCCACAGCAUCUGAGCUGCACAAAGCGAAGGUGCCCGAUCACACUCAAAUGCAAAAAACCCACGCUCCUUUCCACACGGUCCUGUUAGCCCCAGCCCUAUCGCCUGCCCUUUGUCGGCCUCUGCUAUACGCUAGCAGUGUGGGAUUCAGCAACUCAAACUCCUGGCUAACUUCUGCUGGCUCUCUGGGCUGGGGCCUUUCCCAAGGUCUAGCUUUUCUGCCUGGCACAAGCAGGUGGGCCUGGGCUGUGGCCCAGGGAGUUUUAUCAGUUGAUGGUUUUCACAUCGCACGCUUUGAAGUCAACUUCCUGGCUAGAGGAUGAAUUUGUCUCCCGGAAAGCGUAGAGAUUCCACCCCGUGUACAUAGGACUUGGAAGGGUUAGCGUUGGCUUCCCCUUUCUGAAGCUCGCUGCUAUUGGGUUCCAUUAGUACCAGGAAUCCAAACAAAUUCCAUGAGCGUGCACAGCAAAGGCACGGCUCGUAUACACCAGGGCCACCGUAGCGAAACUGUUUCUUAGGUGGAACCACGGUACCUGGGGUCCAUUCUGCUGUGCCAGGAUUACAAUGGAUUAUCCUCCGUGCUGAUUGCAAACACUGAGCUGCAAGGCUCCUGGUCUCAGACCCUUCACCCCUCCUGCACCCUUCUUAAAACUUAAGCGUCCCGGCUUUAUCGGUUCAGAGCAUGUAAGACAGGUGGGGAUGGAGUUGGGCCAGUGUCCUAUCGGGGUGUUGCUGUGCAUGCUGGCAUGCCAAAAAUGUAUGGUGGUAGAAGGGAAGGGCAGGAGGCCCAGGAUGCGAGCUUUCUUGUUCAGGUGUGUUGAGUUUGCAUUGCUGCUUUUAUAUAUAACCCCAUAAGGGUUUUUUCUGGAGUGGUUCAUCCCAGCUCUUUUGGGGAUCAAUUCAGCCAUAUGAACAUCGUGUCUGUGAGAACAUAAUCCGUGCGUAGCAGGAGUCUAGGUGUAAAAGCAGAGCCAAGUGUGAGUGGAGCUGAGGUUUGUUUUGCUGGCGUUUGAGUUACGCUGUAGGGAUUUAGCAGCAGGAAGAAUGCGCAUGUAGAUAUUUUCCCGCAGAGCAGAUGGAAUUCAGGAUGCGUUUCGGGGAUGAGGAGGAGGGAAUCUGCUUGGGUGGCUUUGUUUUUAAAUGCUGUAUUUUUUUAAACUUGGAUUUCCAGUGGGAGAAUUUUUAUAUUUAUUACAUCAGCCUAUCUUGCCAAUAUCUCUGGGGCUGGGUUCUUCGUACAAUGAGGCAUAUUUAACCUGCCUUUGGGACGGUUCAGAAGCUGAUCCUCCAAAGAAGCACAGGGUUUCUAGUCAAACAGACACAGUGCAAGCAGAUGGCCAUUGCCCUGGGAGUCCUUUGGACUUGAAAUGAGAGGUUUUCUCUGGGCUCCUUCCCUGUGUCUAGGCCUCUGACGAGCCAGGCCUUGUCAGAGCACCUUUGGAAUCUUGCAUCGGUAAGUUGGAGCUGGCUUGAAGCUAACUUGGUUUUAACUGAGGUAUUCUGGAGUGUCCAUUGAUACUCUGCUGUGGGAUGUACACCCCAGUCCGCUAUGUACAGCUGUACAGUAUGUAACGUGUAGGGGGAAGGGAAUCCAGGGCAAAGACGGCGUUCUGGAGAGGGGGAAACUGUCACGCAGCGCUUAAUUUAUAAACCCGUUUGAAUGGUUCCGAUGAUGCCUUGUCCCUCCGGUGUUACGUGUUCGGUUAUAAAAACAGAAACGCUGUUCAGAUAGCCCUGCCGGGGGGAGAGGAGCCUGGAGCAGCACUCCAGGCUGGGAGCUGCUUUGUUUUUCUCAGUUUCAAUGAGAUCCUGAAUGUUUUAUAGUGGGGGUUGUUUUUUUGUAAUUUUUUUUUUGUAAUGUCAGUAUUGAGAAAAAUA